GCGUGGUGAAACAUUACAUAUAGUCCAAAUAUCGUCGGACAUUAACGGUCUCGUAUGUAUGGCUCGGCGACCGUCUACAGUGUCAGUCGCAUCGAUUGGUUCGAUCAAGAACCCUGCAGAACUGUCUCAUUUGACUUCAACAUUCGCGCCAUCUCCUUCAGCACCAAACUUCCCUCGUUCGGUCCCAUCCACUCAUUUUUCGAGCGUGCAAUCCACCAAGGUACAGGAUGAGACUGCGGACAUAGACCCAGAUGAAUUGUUUGCGAAAUGUACUAUUCCUGAGGUCAAGGCGAAACAAGUUCAGCUAAGAUCGGACGCUGAAGCCAAGCAGGAAGAGCUUCGUGUUAUGGUCGGGGAACGGUAUCGCGAUCUCCUACAAGCCUCAACGUCCAUAAUUUCCAUGUCAAAGUCCGCAAGGCGUGUUGAAGAGGCAUUCCAAGAAACUAAAGAUGCUAUUGCGUCUCGGCAACAGCCAUCCAGGGAAAAUCGUAAUUCGAAUGUAGGCAAGGAAGAUUCGCAUUUGCAAACAUUGCAAGUGCUCUCUGCCCACAUAAAGUUGCUUCUUGAUGCCCCAGAACAUCUAUGGCGGCUUAUUGAAAGAGAAAAGUAUUUUCAUGCCACCUGGUUAUUCAUGCUGGCACGCGUUGUGCACCGGGCACUUUCUCAUGAUGAUGACCAAGAUGAGGAAAGUUGGUUGAACCAAGGCGUCAAUAUCAUGGAGCAAUUUCCACUCAUCCAGCGACAGUGGGAGACCAUAUCUCAUUUUCGCUCUCAGAUUGUCCAUAGAGCCACUCUGUCUCUGAGGAUACACGAAAAGUCACCCGAGGACACCUGUGCAACUAUUCUGACUCUCCAUAUCCUCGAAUCAAGACCUUUGACAGACACCCUGACGACAUAUCUCUCCCAGAGAACGCGGACUAUGCAUACAUCGGUUUCAAAAAACUCAAUUAUCACGACAACUGCAACCCCCAAUAGCGUUCCUAUGACACAGACAAACGGUCAUCCUCUUGGGGCUUCCAAGCUGGUGCAGUCUAAAUGCACUUCUCCCAAUGACAGACUUCAAGAAGUGAAGUCCUCACUGCUAAUUCUUGUCGAGGUAAUAUCAAGGACCGUAAAUUGCGCUCGGAACGUAUUCCAAAGUCUGAGACCCGCGCAGCCAGCCCUGGCAAUUCGCGUGCUGGAGCAGAUGCAUACCGAAUCGCUCGCCGUAUCUAACUCAGAGACUGCACUUCCUUUUGAACUGGCUUUGAGUACCCAAACGAUUCUUUCUGGACUUCCAUCGUCGUCAUACUUCACCCUCCUUCCAGCUGACAUCAAGUCAUACAAACCUUAUGUCGAAUUAUCUUCUGCUUCGUCUUCCGUGCCAGGACACUUUCUGGAGGAUAAAUUACGAACUUGGUUUGACCAAUCUUGCUCUAUACUUCGGGAUUCUUUGGACCGCUGGCUGCUGGAGUUGGACAGCGUGAAGAGCGUCUGGAAUGUUAGAUCCUCCCUACGAAAGUGGCUACUCACAUCGGGGUUGGUGAAAACGGAGCAGACGGCACUCGAUACUCUAUUUGAAGAAGCUGUCAGAAAGCGAGUCAGCGCCAUAUGGACCGAUACCAUCCACAGGGCGAAAGAGCUGUUCUUGAAGGCAUUGUCCACACUUACUGCAAGUAGUGGUGUCGUUGCUGAAGAGUUUUCUCCUCUAAACAGCAUAUAUGUACCCCAAUCUGUUCCGCCUCCACCCCUGACAGGAAGUGGACCUGCAGCGUACGAACACCCGUACCAAACGUAUAGAACAGUGCUGCAAUCACAACUUCGUUGUCGGACACCUCGCCUGCAGACUUUUUUGAACAUUCUGGAGGAAUCUGCAGCUUCAUUGCAAAAAGACUAUACCCGUAUUAGUUUGGAUCAGAGCAGCAAGAGGUUAGUCCACAAUCUAGUUGAGGCAUAUCUCCCGGAGGCGAAGGCCUUUUGUUCCAUGAUCGCCGACGCUCUUGCUUCGACUACUGAUGAGCUGAUGAACCAGUCAGACACCGGUCCGGCGAUGAGAAAUAUGAUUUUCCUUAGUCGAGUGGCGGUCGAAAUAUCAUUGACAUCGCCUUUCCUUAACAAUAUAGGUUGUGACGAGGUUGUUGCACUGCAAUUUCGAGACAAAACAGGUUUGCUAUUCGACCGAAUCAUCAACCGGUGGAGGGAGCACACUAUUUCUUCUGCCAUCUCAGUAUAUGACGACGCAAAAUUUCAUUUAACACUUUCUGGUCUGUUCUUUGUUUGCCUUGCAAGACGUUUCUCUCACCAUCCAAUAUACCCUGUUACAGGGCCAUCACCAGCCCUGAUGGAAAGCUUACAUGCUUUAUCGACUUCCUUGCACAGCUUGGGUCUCACGCACCAUCCAUCACAACUCACCAGCAUAGCGUCCUCACUCCUUAGCUUAUUCAUCGACAAAUUCACCCGCGAUAUGCCGAACGGCGAUACAGGUCGGAAUGUACAGAUGUUAAAUGAUGCAAACUUCCUGCGAUAUCUUGCGUUGGUCUGGCCUUCUGAGGUACUCGAGACAUCUUCACUUGACAGACUGAUCGCUGCGCUGCAGUCGGAAGUUCAAUCUUCAGGGGGUCAUCUACAACCCGAUCCAGAACAAGUUGCCAAGGAGUACUUGAUGAGGACUCAAAUGUUACUCUCAGCACUUCUUCCGCCUACUUCUCUCAUGCAACCUGCAAAGGAAGGUGGAGAUAAGAUGAGUACACUACUGACCUAUGGUGUGCCUGGGGCAGACACUACAUUUUUGUCGGCUGUGGAGCUUGCCAAGGUUUCUACUCGGUUUCCUUUAUUGCUGGUGGAGACUCGAUAGGGGCUGAGUAGACGUGUUCCUAUAAUAUGAACCUGUUUCGAUCAACAUGUGCUCUCAGGAUAUCAUUCGACGAUCGGCUGCAUUUACUCGUGUUU